CCCUGUCCCCAUCUCGCAAAACCCUAGCUUUUCCCUCCUCCCCUGCUUUGCGGCGCGCCACCGGACACACAGGGGGGAGAGAGAGAGAUCGAUGGAUCGGCGCAAGGGCGGCGACCGCGACGCCAACGGCGGCCUUGCGGAGGCGACGGCGUCGAGGCUGAGGUUCGACUCCGACGAGGAGGCGGAGGGGGUGGAGAUGGAGGUGGAGGAGAGCCCCGAAGCGGCGGAGGGGGAGGAGCAGCAGGCGGAGGAGGAGGUGAUCGGCAGCGACAAGACCAGCGCCGAUUACUACUUCGACUCCUACUCCCACUUCGGUAUUCAUGAAGAAAUGCUAAAAGAUAUUGUUCGGACAAAAACAUAUCAAAACGUUAUCACCCAGAGUAGCUUUCUUAUCAAGGACAAGAUAGUCCUUGAUGUUGGCGCUGGGACUGGGAUUCUUUCACUUUUCUGUGCAAAAGCAGGAGCUAAACAUGUCUAUGCGAUUGAAUGUUCCCAGAUGGCAGACAUGGCAAAGGAAAUUGUGAAAACAAAUGGAUAUUCUGAUGUCAUAACUGUAAUAAAAGGGAAAGUGGAAGAAAUAGAGCUUCCUGUUCCAAAAGUAGAUGUUAUAAUCUCGGAGUGGAUGGGUUAUUUCCUCCUGUUCGAGAAUAUGUUGAACACUGUCCUGUAUGCACGUGAUAAAUGGCUUGCUGAUGAUGGAGUGGUCCUACCAGACAAAGCCUCUUUGCAUCUUACUGCAAUCGAAGAUGCGGAAUAUAAGGAAGACAAAAUCGAAUUUUGGAAUAAUGUAUAUGGGUUUGAUAUGAGCUGCAUAAAGAAACAGGCAAUGAUGGAGCCACUGGUAGAUACAGUGGAUGCAAAUCAGAUUGUCACUAACUGCCAGUUACUGAAGACAAUGGAUAUAUCCAAAAUGACCCCUGGGGAUGCUUCCUUUACUGUGCCCUUCAAGCUUACUGCAGAGCGGAAUGAUUAUAUUCAUGCUCUUGUUGCAUAUUUCAACGUGUCAUUCACCAAAUGCCAUAAGCUGAUGGGCUUCUCAACAGGCCCAAGAUCAAAAGCCACUCACUGGAAGCAAACUGUUCUUUACCUUGAGGAUGUAAUAACAAUCUGCGAGGGGGAAACCCUGACGGGUAGCAUGACGGUUACACCCAAUAAAAAGAAUCCCCGGGACAUCGACAUUAAGCUCAAGUACAUGCUAAAUGGGCAUAGAUGUCAGGUAUCAAGAACACAGUUCUACAAGAUGCGGUGACCAAAAUGAGCAAACGAGAGAUGCCCCAGGGUCCCCUAAAUUUUGUUUAACUGAGUAUCCUUUGGCAGAAGUGAUGCCUUAUCUCAUGGUCAUGUAUUAAGUAUGCAUCAGUUAGAUUCUUUGGAAUCUAUCGAAGGUAGAGAGUAGAUUAAACUGGCCCGCAGAUGUGAGUUGCUGUAGUGCAAAACUUUUAGUAUGUCUUUGCCCAAGGAUAUUGGCAGAUGUUGGCGGUUGUUGACUUAUAUCCAUCUAAAGAUUGCUUUUGCACUUUA